CGCCACGACACUUGCCUUCCCCCGUCAUGUCGUCCGCCUCGAAAGCAGCGGCCAUGGAGGUCUCCGAGGAGGCCCGCGUCAAGCUCACCUACGACACCGCCAUGUUCUUCUGGAAGACCAUUACCCACAUCUUCUUCAGAGAAAUUCGACCGCGCGGGGCGUACAACAUUCCGCGCGAUGGGCCUGUCAUAUUCGUCGGCGCGCCGCACAAUAAUCAGUUUCUCGAUCCCCUCCUGCUUGGUCUGGAGGUGUACAAGGAGACGAAACGGCGAGUCCGCUUUCUAGCGGCGGCGAAGAGCAUGCGGCGGAAAGCAGUCGGGUUCUUCGCCCGGCUAAUGGAUAGUAUCCCCGUCGAACGCGCCGCCGACAGCGCGAAACCAGCCACCGGGCGCGUCUACCUCUCCGAGACCGACCCCUGCCGCGUUAUUGGCAUUGGCACCAAGUUCACCACGGAGUUUACCCCCAAAAUGCAGAUCAUGCUGCCCAAAACCGUCGGUGCGCCGAGCUCGGAGGUGGUGGAGAUCAUCUCGGACACGGAAAUACGCGUGAAGAAGGAGUUUGGUGGGGAGAGGGGGACGGCGAAGAUACGCGCUGCGCUGGAGGAGCUGGAGAAGCAGGGGACGAAGGGCUUCGAGUUUAAGCGGCUUCCGUUCGUGGACCAGCAGAUCAUGUACCGGGAGGUGUACCGCUGCUUGAAGGAGAGCGGAAGUGUUGGUAUAUUCCCCGAGGGCGGCAGCCACGACCGCACCGACCUCCUCCCCUUGAAGGCCGGAGUAGCCAUCAUGGCCCUCGGCGCAAUGGCGAAUACCCCGGGACUGCAAGUCAAAGUCCAACCCGUCGGCCUCUCCUACUUCCAUGCCCACCGCUUCCGCUCCCGCGCCGUCGUCGAAUUCGGGACCGCCAUCGACGUCCCGAUGGAGCUGGUCGAGGAAUUCAAGCAGGGAGACGCGCAGAAGCAUGCAGCAAUAGGGAAGAUGAUGACAUUGGUGUACGACGCGUUGAAGACCGUGACCGUGCGCGCGCCGGAUUAUGAUACGCUUAUGCUCAUUCAAGCCGUCCGCCGGUUAUACAAGACGCCCGGAGAGCACCUCACCCUCGGACAAGUCGUCGAGCUUAACCGCCGCCUGCUCGAGGGAUACCUGCACUUUAAGGACGAGCCGCGCCUGCAAAAGUGCCGCGAGAACGUCAUGAAGUACAACAGACUUCUACGCGAUCUAGGCUUGCGGGACCAUCAGGUGCCGAAAGCGCAAAGAGCGAACUGGAAAGUCCUCGGUCUCUUGGCAUACCGACUGAUUCUGCUAGCCGUGUGGGGUGUGCUGGCUUUGCCGGGCACCGUCCUCAACGGCCCCAUUUUCAUCCUCGCAUCCGUUAUCUCGCACAAGAAGGCGAAGGAAGCCCUCGCCGCCUCCGAGGUCAAAAUCGCCGGCAAAGACGUCCUCGCGACCUGGAAGAUCCUCGUCGCGCUCGGCGUGGCGCCCCUCCUCUACGGCUUCUGGGCUUUCCUGGCCACCUGGCUGGCGGUGCGCGUGGGUGCGCCGCUCAAGUGGCGGGUUGCGACGCCGUUCAUUGUAUGCAUGGCGCUACCGUUUAUGAGCUAUGCGGCGCUGAAGUUUGGGGAGGCGGGGAUGGAUGUGAUGAAAUCCCUACCGCCUCUCGUUGUGUCCCUUAUGCCUGGCCAGCAGCGUGCUCUGGUCAAGUUGAAGAACAUGCGGGAGGAGCUGUCGAACGAGGUCACGGAUAUUAUCAAUGACUUCGGUCCCAAACUGUACAGCGACUUCGACAAGCGCCGCAUCCUGGCACCAUCCAGCGCACCACCCCCGUCGAGCGAACCCGGUCUUUGGCGACGCAAGGGCGGCAAGGGCGUCCAGGACGCGCCCGGCUACGGCCUCAUGCACCCCAUGACCUGGAUCGACGAGCGCCUCUUCGGCUGGUCCACGAGCUCCAAACACGGCACCAGCGCCUUCUUCGGCGGCACCGGCGGCAAGUCGACCGCGCCCUCCACCGCGGGCACGCCGGACGACUCCGACGAGGAGGACGAGGGCGACUACGACAACGUGAUCAAGCUGAUUCCCGAGUUUGGUGGCGGGAAAGGCUUUAGUGGCAGGAGUCGCAACAGCUCGUAUGCGGAUAUGCACCGGAUGCGCGUGGCGCCGAUGCCGCCGAGGCAGGUGGGGGCGGUGGAUGGCAGCCAGCUGCGAGACCACCCUGUGUCGAGCCCGGAAACGGAGACGGAGGGGAUUCAGCUGAGGCAGAGGAAGGUGUCCAACCGGCAAAGGAGGGAGAGCCUGUCGGAUAUGAUACCCGUGGAGCGGAUCGCGCAGGUGGAGAGGGGAGAGGCGUUCGAUGAGGCGACGCAGGAGCUGAACGACGAGGCGAGGAAGAACGAGGCAUAGCGAAGUUCGUGCUAGUCGAUGCGGACGCUUGUACUCACAGACUAUCUAUCUAUUUCUUCCGGCGGGUGUAUUCCACCUGUGUACUUGUACUUUUGGGACGUUCGAUGAAUGCGAACGAGAUGAUUUUUC